ACUGGACAGGUGUCGGUGAAAAGGAAAGAAAAUGGUUGUAGUUUCGGUUUUAUUUACGGUGAAUUAAUUGGCAUGAAUACUUACUGAAAUUUCAACGAUGAAGGGUUGCUUUACUGGUACUGGUAAGAAGCAGUCUAAGAAACAUGGAGAAGAAAAGACGGGAAAAAAACAAUCAACUGGUCCUAAACAGACUGUGUUAGAUCCUCAUAUAAAAAAGACGUCACAAACAUCACAUGGAAAUAAAGAGGAUGAAAGAAAAAUAAGAAUCUCAAAGCCUUUGGCAUAUGCUUCUGAAGACCUUAAACGAUACAGAAAUGGAUACCCAGAUAUAAAAGAUGACUUUAAAAAGAUGACUAGCAAUUGGGAAUUCUACACGAAUAAACUGGAGUCAAGACCUGAAGGUGCCAAGAUAGACACCAUUCAUGAGCUAUGGUGGCGUGAUUACAGCCUGUUGGAAAGACAUCAUGGUUACAUUCAGUGGUUGUUCCCUCUGAGAGAACCAGGUAUGAACUUUCAUGCCAAAGAGCUUCAGUUACAUGAAAUGAAGGCAAUUAAAAAGGACAAACCUGCCAAGAACAGAGUAUUGAAGUCAUUUGAAAUGAUGCUUGAUUUUUAUGGAAUGAAGUUGAUUAAACCAGGGAAUCAUGCAGUUGCAGUCUGUGGGAAUGAUAAACAGUUAUCUCAGAAUAGUGUGGAAGCUGAAUUGACAACUGUAGAUGAUAAAGCACAUGAUGAUAGAACAGACCCACAUUUGCCUCCUGUUGAAACCACAAAAGGCCAAAAACAGGCAAGCCAGGAUGUGUCAAACAGAGGAGUUUUCAGAAUAGAAAGGGCAGAAAAUUACAGAGAGCGAUAUGCCCAUUUGAACAGGUCUCGCCACAAUUAUCUGCGGAUUACACGCAUUCUGAAAUCAUUGGGAGAGUUAGGAUGGGAGCACCUGAAACCAAUCUUUGUCAGAUUUGUCCUUGAAGAAAUUUUCUUAAAGAAAGAACUAGAGAACACUCUUGAAAGCUGCGUACAUUAUUGGUUGGAAACAAUACGGGACAAGGAUGCCAGGAGAGAGUUGAAAAUUUUCGUGGAAGAACAUUGUGAUUAUGUGGAAAGAUUGUAGGAAACUACACCAUAACACCAAAGAAUUUGUUUGCAAAAUUAAAAAAUGGUAUGGAGAUAUAUACCUUUUUACUUUUAACUUCAGCAUAACCUAAGGUGAUUUCAGGUCAAUUAUUUGGACCCAGUGUGACAGGAGUGGUAGUCCUAGAAAUGGAAGUUUGGGGUCCCAUAUAAUUAGUAAAGGUAAGUCAGAGUGUUGGGGUUAGUACUGGUAUAUGGGGCAGAUGUCACCUUUACAAACUAAUGGAGAACGGACUAUGAAUCCUAGCAGACAACCUUUCCUUCCACGUUGCCAAAUGUUUUGAUUUAAAGUUUUUCAGAUUCAUUGAAGAUCUAUGGGACAGCCGAACAUGACAGUUAAUUAGGAAAUGGUAUUACGUGGUAUAUUCAUACUGCCUUAUUCUGUUUUUGUGAUAGUAUUGAAUUGUUUUCAUGGAACACUUAACAAAAAGGGUAAUAAUGAAGUUAUGGCAAUAGAUGUAACCGAUCAGUUUUUCUAUGAAGUAAAUUUCCCGAGCUUUAGGAAUGACAGUCAUGCCAUUAGUCAAGAUUUUAGGUGAUUUGAAUGGUAAAAUCAAUAGGUAUUAACCCUACCUUGAGGUUAGAAAUGUACAGUCGCCUUUUGGAGAUAUCUUUAUGUAUCACUCCCUAUUCGUAAGACCUACAGCAUGCAGGGUCUGUAAAUUUCCGUUCAACUUUUCGAGGAUUAAUAGACUCUUUUUACAAGUCAUACUGCGCUGCCGAAUCUGAAUUGCUAUUUGCAGUCGAAUAUGACAAAAUCAACCUAAUAUCCACUGUGAUGAAAUUGUAUUCUUUGCUCCAAAUGAAACGUUUCAUAGCCAGUCAAAUCAUAGUGUACCUAAAUUCAGAACCAGACAUUUUAAAAUAAGCUUUAUUCCCCCUUUUUCUUUUCAAACUUUUUAAGAUCUGUGUUUUAAUUUGGAGUUUAUCUUGGUCAUUAUUGUAUAUCUUUUAUUUUACCCCCAUUGCAUUUAUCAAGAAGUCUGUGCUUUAUUUAUUUUCAAACUCAUUUUGGUCUUAUUGUAUAUCCCUUUAUGUAAAUAUUUUAAUUUGUAAAUUUUAUGUAUUAACAAACAUUAUUAUUAUAUUAUAAUUCGGAAAUUAACAAUGGUUUUACAUGUAUCAGUAGUCAGUUACAAAAUUAUUGUAACGCUCAUACUUUUAUGUUGUAUACUAUUUCAAAAGCCCCACAAAAAACGAUUUUAUUUGAUUGAAUCUCUUCGGUAUAUAUAUAUAUACCGAUUUUAAGGAAACAGCCUUGGUUGAAUAUUAUGGCUUUAUGUUAUUACUUUCGCAAAUCUUGUGCACGUUAAACUUUUUAGUUGUUCAAUGUAUUAAAUGUCAUAUAUUUGAUAAGAUUUGAUACAAGUAUUAUUUUCACUCGUAAAAGGUCAUCGCAACAAAUUCUGGGACACUUUAAGGGAUAACAAUUGUUCGUUUUGGUAAUAAGAAACGGAUUUUCGGAUUUUCCUGGAUUACGAUUUCCCCAUAUUUACCAAUGGUUAAUGAAUCCACUCCGACAGCCAAAGUUAGUCCUUUUUAUUAAAAAAAUGAUUUUUUGUAGUCAUCCCUUAAGAGUUAAUUACGGAGGUAUAGCCAUUUAUAAAAGUCCACUUAGUCUGAUGGCAAGCACAGAUUCCAGAAUACUUGCGAUAACCACUGUUUUUGGUGGUAAAAUGGAAUGUAUUUUAUUUCUAUGAGUUGUUUACAAUCUAUUUAUUGUGAAAUAUGAAUCUCAUACGAACAGUUGCUUUCCUUUUAAUUAUUACUUGCAACAUAUAACGUGUCUGAAAUAAACUUUUGAGGCCGU